AUGAAUACAUUGAUGCAAUGCAUGAGGAACCUCCUCAGCUCGUUCACCAGGCACCGGCACCUAGUGCAUGCCGGGUACACAUUCGCCGGCAACGGCUCCUGGAUUAUGCAGGACGGGACAUUUUCCCUAGCGGAUUUCACAGAUGCAUACCAAGAGAAUGAGGUCCAGCGCGUCAUCCGCGCCUACGAGAACUCAAUCUCUAUUGACGUACACUGCUCUACUAGCGGUGGGGGCGAGUGGGCAAAACUACCCGACAUGCCCUUCGUUAAAUACUGCAAGAUUAGGGUUAACCCUACAGAUAUUCUCGACUCUGGCUCUCAGGCCAUCAAGGACUUUGUAUCGUACCUGGACCCCUACGUUGUGCCAGCUAGCCUCGACCAGCUCCUGGUGUCGAGCGACGUGGUUGGCAAUAUAAGAUUUAGUCACCCGACGCUCUACGUGUUCCCGGGAGGUCAAGGGGAUGCUGCACUCUUCGGAAUUAACGGAUUUAACAUGCUAGUGGACGGCGGUUUCUCCCGCAAAGCGUGCUGGUGGGAUUUCGCCCGUCACCUGGACCGUCUGGAUGCGGUCCUCUUCACCAGACUCAACAACUGCUCCGUGUCAGGCAUGGCCGCGGUCCUACGCAGGAAGGCCUCGGCCACUGUCUACCCCCAAAUUGGACAUUUCUUCUGCAAUCUAGAGGAGAGACGAGCUAUUGCAAGUCCAGAUGGUGAUAAAGACGCAGACCCUCUUCUAGUGUCAUUACUACAAGAAGGGUCUGACAUGAUGACCGACCUGAGGCACAUCAAUCUCAAACCACAGCACUGCUACAGAAGUCCUGAGCCCAUCAACCUCUACCACAAAGUGGGACAUGGCACCCUUGACAUGUACGUACUGAAUCCGUCCAAGGACUCCAAAUACGUUCGUGAAUUUUUGAAAAGGUGGCACAAUAGUGAACAAAAACUAUUUGAAGGUACAAGUGCAUCAGGGCAAUUCAAUUUUCCAAUACCGAAUUUAGUGUCGAUAUGUGCGCUAUUAGUGUGGCGUCCGGCCAAUCCAGAUGACACGAUAACGAGGAUAAUGUUUCCUGGCUCCACACCGCAACACAAAAUUUUCGAAGGCCUUGAAAAACUAAAACAUUUAGAAUUUCUACAACACCCAACAUGCACGGGCCGACAAAUGGCAACGGUUGCACAGCCUGUUAGUACAGCAACAAGUGUAUCUACAACAAAAUCAGUAAAACACUCAACAUCUAAAUUUAAUAAAGAAAAAAGUUUAGUCACAGAUAAAACGAAAGACGAUAAAACGGUUGAGCCGGAACCUCCGCCACAAAAGGAUAGUAUAAUUAGAGAUAUAACUGAUUCUAAAAAUAUUAUAGACAAUAAAUUGCUCAGUGAACUCGUUGAGAAUGAAGAUAAGAAAAUUGAAAGCGUGUUACAGGAGGCUAUUACUGCACGAAUAGAAUCAAAAUUAGAUGAUAAAAUAGCUCAAUAUGAGAGCACUGUGAUAGAUGGAUUACCUAGAAAGAAAGAUGUAAAAAAGAAAGAAAAGAUUAUAGAAAAGAAAUUGAAACGUGCUGACAAGACUGAUACUAAAGAAGAUACUGUAGGUAAAACUAAUGAAUCAAAAAAAAUAGAAGACGUGAAAACAAAAAAGAAGUCUGAAAGUCGUGUAAAAUCGGAUGUUACAACAUCAAUAACUAAAAGUAAAGUGAGCUCGCGACCUACUCAAAAGAAAACCUUACCAGGAGAAAGAAAACCAGUAAGCGAAGACAAGAAGUCUCCACCAACUACGCCAAAAAAAUUGGUAGACUCCAAGAUGCCAUCAUCAACAACAUUAACAGUCACAAAAGACAAAGUAAAAAGUAAGACUAGGAAACUAAGUCCAAGCAGUACGCCUGCUAAGAGUGCCAAAGAAGCCAGUAAUCGACGUGUGGUAGAAUCAAAAUACAAACAAGCAUCUCCAAAACGAGAUAUUAUGUAUAAACCACCUGAACGUAAAGAAUCUAAAUCCAAGCGAGAACCUAUAUCCCGUAGACCGAGGCCACUUGCUUCCCCCAUUAAGGGAUUAAAAGCCAUGAAAAGUCCUUCAAAAUCCAUUAAGUCAACAAAAGCUGAAACUUCUAAAUUAAAAGGAUUACAAAGGGUUAAUUACGAGGAUAUUUUAAAAGACGCUAAAAAAUCAGACGAAGAGACAUCUAAAUCUCUUGAUGACAUUAAACAGCAAGAACUGGAUGAAAGAGAAGAACAAGAAAUUGUAAGAGAAAUUGAAGCCGUUUUUAAUAGAGAUAGUGAAGCUGAUGAGAAAAUAGAAUAUGUAGGACGAUCAGAUAUUGAAAAAAUUACUUGUAUGAUAGAUAACACUAAAACAGAAGUAACAACAGAUGGAGAAUUUGAAGAGGAAUAUUUAAUAAUAGAAAAAGAAGAAGUAGAUCAAUAUACUGAGGAUUCAAUUGUUGAUCGAGAGAGUAGCCAUGAGCAAGAAGAAGAAUUACAUAAACUUACUAAAGAUAAGGAAGAAUCUGAAAAAAAGAAAGACCAUCCUAUUUUAGAUGAGACUAAAAUUCAAGAGACUAAGUCAAAGUUAGAAGAUAGCUUAGAAACUGAAUUAAAAGCUUUAGAUUCAAAGGAUCAUUCCGAAAGUCUAGAGGAAAAGCAAGAUAUAAGUAGUGAAAAAAAGACCUCUGAAAGUAAAAGUGGAAAACCUAAGGACUCUCUUGAGUUAAAUAUUGUCCAAGAAUCACAGCCUGAUGAAAAAAUAUCAACUACUAUAGAAUCUGGUGCUACCACAGCACCAACACUUCCAGAAGAUGAACGUAUAACACUUGAUGGAAUUAAAGAGAAUCUUCAAAUUGAGGAAAAACAUAUUCAAGAAGAAACUAAGGAAAUAAUCCCUCCUCAAACUUUAGUUGGUGUCGAAAAACCUUUGUUAGCUGAAAGAAUUCCUAAAAUAGAGUCUCAAUCUGUUCUAGUUAGGGAAAUUGUCAAAACGCCCGAUGAAGUAGCAGAUCUUCCUUUGCAUGAAGAAGUAGACUACAGAACCUAUGAAGAGAAAAAAUCUCCAAUUGAAGAAGAUAUAUUCAAACGUAAACCUGAUGUAGGAUUUAUUCAUGAAAUUAAAGUACCAAAAGAUUUAUCUCUACCAGAUCGUGACAUUGAAGAUAAUAUAGUAGUAAAAACUGUACAAGGAGUAUCUCAUGCUGAACUUGUUACUGUAACUCCUGGUUCAGCACCAGAGUCUCCCAUGUAUCAUGAACAAAUAAAAAUUGCCUCCAUUUCUGAAAAAGACUUAGAACCUGUGAAAGAAUACGACAACAAUGAGUACAAUUAUAGACAAUAUACAGAACAACUGAGAGAAACACACAUUACAACUCUAGAUUCUCCUAUAAAGGAGGAUAUCGUGAUUAUAGAAGAGAUACCUUGUAUGCCUGAAAAAAUUCCAUCUAUACCAGAGGACGUUGAAAAAGAAAUAGAAGAAGCACAAAAGUUGGAAAUGUUAGAGAAACUUCCAAUUAGUCCAAAAGACGUAGAAAAAAUUGUAGCCGAUGUUGCUGAAGUUUUAAAAUCAGAUAAAAGUUUGGAAGAAAUUAUGGCUCAAAAAUCCCCUGUCAUACAUAGUAAAUCACCAGACACUUUUGAUAGAACAGAAACUACUAUAGUAGGUGCAAUAGAAGCUUCAAAAUCAAUCUUAUCAACUAAAGAAGACGUAAAAGAUGAGGCUUUGGAAGAUAUAUCAAGUAAAAAAGUAAAAGAAACGAAGAUAGAUUCAAAAUUAGACCAUGAUGUUAUUGAAAUACACAAAGAAGCAUCACCUGUUAGGUCAAUUACUUCAGAAGAUGUAAGUGACAUUUCAGAUAAAACUGUUUUAAGCGAAGGUAAAAGAACAAAACGUGACAUUAAAGAUGAAAAAAUAAUAACAUCUGAAGAUUUAGUAGAUGAUGAUGAAAAGGAUUCUGAAGUAGUCAAAAAAGAUCAGAGUGCUUCAAAGCAUUCACCAGUAGAGAGCAAAUUAAUAGAAAACGGAGACAAGACCAAAGAACAUAUUCCCGAUAAUGUGCAAAUAGCCACAUCAUAUGAACCAGAUCUUAAUGUACGAACUACUGAUAGUAAACACUUAAGUGGCUCGUUAGAUUCAGCAAAAACAUUAGAAAAAUUAGAAGAAAAAAUAAUCGAUAUAAAAAAGGAUAAAGAAAUGUCUUUAGAUAUAAUUGAAAAAAAGUGCGAUGACAUAUUACUUACUGAAAAGAAAAGUCCUGUUCACAUUCUUCAAAAAUGUUCUGAGAUUUCGAAAGAUACAAACCAUGAAAUUGAUAAAAUAAAGUCUUUAGGUGAAAUAGGUGAAACUAAAAUUGAUUUACAAAAUGGUACUGACACAAAAGCAGCAGACAAUUAUAAAAUUGAAAAGGCACUUCAACCAAUUACCGAUAGGGCUGAUAGCGAAACUACUACCAAACAAAUUACUAGUCCCGACAAAGAAACAAUAAUUUCCGAUAAGUCUGAUGCAGAAAAAAAUAUACAAGUUGUGCCCAAAUAUCAAGACUUGGACAAUAAAGUUGUUGAUAGUAAAAUAAACAAUAAAGAAAAAAGUCAAUUACGAAAUACAUACUCACUUUCAAUAAAAGAAGGUAAAAAACAGUUCGUGUCUGAGAAAGACAAAGAUGAAAUGAGCACACAAGAUGUUUCAGAUACAAUGAAAUCAUUAGAAGAACAAAUUUUAAAAAAGGUAUCAACAGACAAAUUCGAUAAAGUACAAGUCUAUUCAGAUAAAUCUGUGACUGAAUAUGGCAUUGAUCAAAACCAUUUCGAACAUCACGAUUAUAAAGAUAAGGCAUUAAAACCUACUAUAAAAGAUGAACAAUAUAACUUAGACAAAGACACUUCACAGGAUGAAAAUAGAGAAGUGACCAAAGUAAAAACUAUCACAUUGAAUAAUACCAUUGAUAAAACCCCAGACGGAACUUUGAAGUCAUAUACUGAUAGUAAUAUAACUGUAUCAAAUAUAACCGAGGAUGGCUUAGAAGAAGAAAUUGAUGAUGAUAGUAUUCCAAUAAUAGCAAAAGUUGAUCUUAGUUCUGACAUCAAAAAAAGAAUAAGAAUAAAAGAUAAAGAAAGUCUUGUAGAUACUGAACUUUCGGACCUAAAAGACUUUUACGAAUUCGGUGAACCAGAAGAAGAAAUAAACACAAAAAUUGAAGAAAUUGAACGAGAAUCUUUCACUGUUAAAAGAACAAUUGUAACUAGAGUUAUUAAAACCAAAUACGCUGAUGCACAUAAUGUUAUAAAGAAAUUCAAAAUAGUUACAAUAACCAAUACAACUGAAGAGAAAGAAGAUGGGUUACCUACUACAAAACUUGAUGAAACAAUAAGAAUUGUGGAUGUUGAUGAACCUGACAAAGAAGUAUUUGCAGAAAAAGAAGAACCAAUUAAGUCUUUUACUGAAGAAUCCAAUUUCACUUAUAUGGAUAAAGAAGAACGAGACUUACAACUAGCAACAAGCCCGAAAAUAGAAGUUCAAAAUCAACAUAAAGUUAUAGAAUGUGCAAAGGAAUAUAAUUACGGUAAAGACGACAGUUCCGCUCCGGAACAAGAAGAUAAGGAUAUUAACUCAGAGAAAAAAAUAGAAAGUACCAAAAUCUUAAGUGGAAUAUCCCUCAAAAAGGAUCCAUUUAAUAUAACAGAUGAAUAUAGAGCCUUAGACAAACAAACUGAAUUAAGAACUAGUCCUCAAAAGGAAAGAAUUUCUAAAAUUGAAGAAUCACAUAUCCAUGAAGAAGGUCAAUCAUCUACUGAGCAAAUACUUAGAAAGGAUAAUGUAUUAGAGAGAAUAGCAGAAUCUCCACAGGCAUUGUCUACCAAAACGGAACCUAUUUCUAGAAAAGUAGAAGAUACGGAUUUAAAGCAACAGACUAUGAUAGCAAUUAGCCCCGAAAAAGAAAUAAAAUUCACUACUGAAGAAAAAUAUAAGUCUAAAGUCAGUCCUCAUGAAGAAAUAUCUACCACAUCUAUUAAAAAGGAAAUCACUGUCCAUGAAGACGACCGCUCAUCUCCUAAGAAAGUAGUCGAAAAGGAUUCUAAUCUGGAGACAAAAUUCGAAUCUCACAAGGUAUUGUCACCCGAGAAAUCAUUUUCGGACAAAUCAAUAGACUCAGAUAUGCAUAAACAGACUGAAUUUGGGACUAUUUCUGGAAAAGAAACAAUCUCUACAACUGAACAAAAGAUAAAGACAGAGGUCAGUUUACAAGAAAAAAUAUCUACCAUUGAAAAAGAAUCCAACAUCCUAAAAGAAGAGCGUUCAUGUUCUGACCAAGUACUUGAAAAAGAUUCUAUUCUAGCGACAAUAGCUGAAUCUCCUAAGUCAAUAUCACCUGAGGAACCUAAUUUGCAAAAACCUUUAGAUACAAUUGUGAAAAUACAGACUGAAAUAACAGCUAUACCAAGAAAAGACACAACAUCUGUUUCUGAAUUUAUGCCAAAAGAAGAAGUCAUUCCACAAGAAGAAACGUCUGCACCAUCUUUUGAAAAAAAAUCAGAUAUUUGUAAGGAAGAGCGAGUAUCUCCGGAUCAAUUAUUGGAAAAGGAUACUAUCUCAGCGAUAAAAGCGUACUCACCGCAGGAGUUGUCUCCGAAACAGGAACCUAUUUCGGCAAAAACCAUUCAUACAGAUUUGACGGAAUUAAGUCCCGAAAAAGAAGUGUCUACAACUGUACAAAAAAUAAAAACAGAAGUUACUGAACAUGAUCAAAUAGAACUCAGAAAAGAAAUAACUUCAGCUAUUGAAGAAAAAUCAAAGACAGAGGUCAUUCCACACGAAGUAAUAUCUGCUACACCUCUUGAAAAGAAAACCGGUAUCAGUAUAGAAGACCGAUCAUCUGAUGAUCAAAUAUUUGAAAAGGAUUCAAUUCUCGUGAUAAAAGAAGAAAUUCCGCAGACGUUAUCUCACAAAGAGGAACCUACCUCAGGAAAAUCCGUAGAUAUAUCUGUGGAAAAACUGAGUGAAUUAAGAACUAGUCCCGAAACAGAAACAGUUCUUGAAAUUGAACAAAAGAUGAAGACAGAGACCAGUCCAGAGGACAAAAUAGAACCUGCUAAAUCUGUUGAUAAGGAAUCGACUGUUCGUGAAGAAGGUCAAACAUCUCCUUUGGUACCGUCACCAAAAGAUGUAACAAUUUCUGAAAAAGCAGAAGAUAUAGGAGUAAAAAUACAAACUGAAAAAUUACCUGCCCCGGAAAAAGAAACAACUUUUGCUAUUGAAGAUAAACAAAAGACACAGGUCAUUCCACACGGAGAAAUAUCUGCCACACCUCUUGAAAAGGAAUCCGGUAUCAGUAUAGAAGACCGAUCACCUGUCGAUCAAAUAUUUGAGAAGGAUUCAGUUUUGGUGACAAAAGAAGAAGUUCCCCAGAAGUUGUCUCCCAAAGAGGAACUUACCUCAGGAAAAUCCGUAGAUACAGGUGUAGAAAAACUGACUGAAUUAAGAACUAGUCCCGAAAAAGAAACAAUAUCUAAACCUGAACAGAAGAUAAAGAUCAAGGCCAGUCCACAGGAUGAAAUAGAACAUGCUAAAUCUGUUGAUAAGGAAUCGACUGUUCUUAAAGAAGAUCAGACAUCUCCUUUGGUAUCGUCACCAAAAGAUGAAAUAAUUACUGUAAAGGCGGAAGAUAUGGGUGCAAAAAUACAAACCGAAACAAUACCGGUAUCCGGAAAAGAAACAACUUCUACUAUUGAAGAAAAAUCAAAGACUGAGAUUGUUCCACAUGAAGAAAUAUCUGCCACUUCUUCUGAAAAGGAAUCAGUUACCAGUAUAGAGGACCGAUCAUCUGUUGAUCACAUAUUUGAGAAGGAUUCAGUUCUGAUGACAAAAGAAGAAGUUCCGCAGAAGUUGUCUCCCAAAGAGGAACCUACCUUAGAAAAAUCCAUAGAUAUGGGUGUGGAAAAACUGACUGAAUUAAGAACUAGGCCCGAAAAGGAAACAAUCUCUAAAACUGAUCAAAAGAUGAAGACCGAGGCCAGUCCACAUGACGAAAUAGAACCUGCUAAAUCUGUUGAUAAGGAACCGACUGUUCUUAAAGAAGAUCAGAAGUCAACUUUGGUAUCGUCACCAAAAGAUGAAACAAUUUCUGAAAAAUCAGAAGAUAUAGGUGUAAAAAUACAAACUGAAACUAUACCAGUCUCCGAAAGAGAAACUUCUGCUAUUGAAGAAAAAUCACACGGAGAAAUAUCUGCUACACAUCUUAAAAAGGAAUCCGGUAUCAGUAUAGAAGACCGAUCACCUGUCGAUCAAAUAUUUGAGAAGGAUUCAGUUUUGGUGACAAAAGAAGAAUUUCCGCAGAAGAUGUCUCCCAAAGAAGAACCUACCCCAGAAAAAUCGGUAGAUACAGGUGUGGAAAAACUGAGUGAAUUAAGAACUAGCCCCGAAAACGAAACAAUCUCUAAAACUGAACAAAAGAUGAAGACAGAGGGUAGUCCAAAGGACGAAAUCGAGUCUGUUGAUAAGAAAUCAACUGUUCGCGAAGAAGUUCUAACGUCCCCUUUGGUAUCAUCACUAAAAGAUGAAACAAUUUCUGAAACAGCAGAAGAUAUAGUUGUACAAAUACAAACUGAAAAAAUACCAGUCCCCGAAAAAGAAACAACUACUACUAUUGAAGAAAAAUCAGAGACUGAGAUCGUUUUACAUGAAGAAAUAUCUGCCACUUCUCCUGAAAAGAAAUCAGUUGCUAGUAUAGAAGACCGAUCACCUAUCGAUCAAAUGUUUGAGAAGGAUUCAGUUUUGGUGACAAAAGAAGAAGUUCCGCAGAAGUUGUCUCCCAAAGAAGAACCUACCUCAGGAAAAUCCGUAGAUACAGGUGUGGAAAAACUCAGUGAAUUACGAACUAGUCCCGAAAAGGAACCAAUCUCUAAAACUGAACAAAAGAUGAAGACAGAGGGUAGUCCACAGGACGAAAUAGAGCCUGUUGAUAAGAAAUUAACUGUUCAUGAAGAAGUUCAAAAGUCUCCUUUGGUAUCAUCUCUAAAAGAAGAAACAAUUUCUGAAACAGCAGAAGAUAUAGGUGUACAAAUACAAACUGAAAAAAUACCAGUCCCCGAAAAAGAAACAACUUCUACUAUUGAAGAAAAAUCAGAGACUGAGAUCGUUCUACAUGAAGAAAUAUCUGCCACUUCUCCUGAAAAGGAAUCGGUUGCUAGUAUAGAAGACCGAUCACCUGUCGAUCAAAUAUUUGAGAAGGAUUCAGUUUUGGUGACAAAAGAAGAAGUUCCGCAGAAGUUGUCUCCCAAAGAAGAACCUACCUCAGGAAAAUCCAUAGAUACAGGUGUGGAAAAAUUCAGUGAAUUAAGAACUAGUCCUGAACAGGAACCAAUCUCUAAAACUGAACAAAAGAUGAAGACAGAGGGUAGUCCACAGGACGAAAUAGAGCCUAUUGAUAAGAAAUUAAUUGUUCGUGAAGAAGUCCAAAUGUCUCCUUUGGUAUCAUCUUUAAAAGAAGAAACAAUUUCUGAAACAGCAGAAGAUAUAGGUGUACAAAUACAAACUGAAAAAAUACCAGUCCCCGAAAAAGAAACAACGUCUACUAUUGAAGAAAAAUCAGAGACUGAGAUCGUUCUACAUGAAGAAAUAUCUACCACUUCUCCUGAAAAGGAAUCGGUUGCUAGUAUAGAAAACCGGUUACCUGUUGAUCAAAUAUUUGAGAAGGAUUCAGUCCUGGUGACAAAAGAAGAAUCUCCGCAGAAGUUGUCUCCCAAAGAGGAAUCUACCUCAGAAAAAUCCGUAGAUACAGGUGUGGAAAAACUGACUGAAAUAAAACCUAGUGCCGAAAAAGAAACAAUACCUAAAACUGAACAGAAAAUAAAGACCGAGGCCAGUCGACAGGACGAAAUACAACCUGCUAAAUCUGUUGACAAGGAAUCGACUAUUCUUAAAGAAGAUCAGACAUCUCCUUUGGUAUCGUCACCAAAAGAUAAAAUGAUUACUGAAAAGGCGGAAGAUAUAGGUGCAAAAAUACAAACUGAAACAAUACCAGUCUCCGGAAAGGAAACAACUUCUACUAUUGAAGAACAGUCAAAGACUGAGAUCGCUCUACAAGAAGAAAUAUCUGCCAUUUCUCCUGAAAUGGAACCGGUUACUGGUAUAAAAGACCGGUCACCUAUUGAUCAAAUAUUUGAGAUGGAUUCUGUUCUGGUGACUAAAGAAGAAUCUCCACAGAAGUUGUCUCCCAAAGAGGAACCUACCUCAGAAAAAUCCAUAGAUAUAGGUGUGGAAAAAUUGACUGAAUUAAGAACCAGUCCCGAAAAAGAAACAAUCCCUAAAACUGAACAAAAGAUGAAGACCGAGGCCAGUCCACAGGACCAAAUAGAACUAGCUAAAUCUGUUGAUAAAGAACCGACUGUUCUUAAAGAAGAUCAAAAGUCAACUUUGGUAACGUCACUAAAAGAUGAAACAAUUUCUGUAAAGGCGGAAGAUAUGGUUCCAAAACUACAAACUGAAACAAUACCAGUAUUCGGAAAAGAAACAACUUUUACUAUUGACGAAGAGUCAAAGACUGAGAUCGUUCAACAUGAAGAAAUAUCUGCCACUUCUCCUGAAAAGGAAUCGGCUACUGGUAGAGAAGACCGGUCGCCUAUUGAUCAAAUAUUUGAGAAGGAUUCAGUUCUGGUCACAAAAGAAGAAGCUCCGCAGAAGUUGUCUCCCAAAGAGGAACCUACCUCAGAAAAAUCCAUAGAUAUGGGUAUGGAAAAAUUGACUGAAUUAAGAACUAGUCCCGAAAAAGAAACAAUCCCUAAAAGUGAACAAAAGAUGAAGACUGAGGCCAUUCCACAGGACCAAAUAGAACCUGCUAAAUCUGUUGAUAAGGAACCGACUGUUCUUAAAGAACAUCAGAAGUCAACUUUGGUGACGUCACCAAAAGAUGAAACAAUUUCUGAAAAGGCGGAAGAUAUGAUUGCAAAAAUACAAACGGAAACAAUACCAGUCUCCGAAAAAGAAACAACUUCUACUAUUGAAGAAGGGUCAAAGACUGAGAUCGUUCCACAUGAAGAAAUAUCUGCAACUUCUCCUGAAAUGGAAUCAGUUACUGGUAUAAAAGAACAGUCACCUAUUGAUCAAAUAUUUGACGAUUCAGUUCUGGUGACUAAAGUAGAAGCUCCGCAGAAGUUGUCUUCCAAAGAGGAGCCUACCUCAGAAAAAUCCAUAGAUAUAGGUGUGGAUAAAUUGACUGAAUUAAGAACUAGUCCCGAAAAAGAAACAAUCCCUAAAAUUGAACAAAGGAUAAAGACCGAGGCCAGUCCACAGGACCAAAUAGAACCUGCUAAAUCUGUUUAUAAAGAACCGACUGUUCUUAUAGAAGAUCAAAAGUCAACUUUGGUAACGUCACCAAGUGAUGAAACAAUUUCUAAAAAGGCGGAAGAUAUGGUUACAAAAAUACAAAUUGAAACAAUACCAGUAUCCGGAAAAGAAACAACUUCUACUAUUGAAAAAGAGUCAAAGACUGAGAUCGUUCCACAUGAAGAAAUAUCUGCCACUUCUCUUGAAAAGGAAUCGGUUACCAGUAUAGAAGACCGAUCACCUGUUGAUCAAAUAUUUGAGAAGGAUUCAGUUCUGGUGACAAAAGAAGAAGCUUCGCAGAAGUUGUCUCCUAAAGAGGACCCUAUUUCAGGAAAAUACAUAGAUAUAGGUAUGGAAAAAAUGACUGAAUUAAGAACUAGUCCCGAAAACGAAACAGUCCCUAAAACUGAACAAAAGAUGAAGACUGAGGUCAGUCCACAGGACCAAAUAGAACCUGCUAAAACUGUUAUUAAGGAACCGACUGUCCUUAAAGAAGAUCAGACAUCUGCUUUGGUAUCGUCACCAAAGGAUAAAAUAAUUUCUGAAAAAGCAGAAGACAUAGGUGUAAAAUCACAAACUGCAAAAAUACUAGUCACCGAAAAAGAAACAACUUCUACUAUUGAAGAAAUGUCAAAGACUGAGAUCGUUUCACAUGAAAACAUAUAUGCGACUUCUCCUGAAAAGGAAUCGGUUACCAGUAUAGAAGACCGAUCACCUGUUGAUCAAAUAAAUGAGAAGGAUUCAGUUCUGGUGACAAAAGAAGAAGAUUCGCAGAAGUUGUCUACCAAAGAGGAACAUACCACAAGAAAAUCCGUAGAUACAGGUGUGGAAAAACUGAGUGAAUUAGAGAGAACUAGUCCCGAAAAGGAAACAGAGGGUACUCCACAGGACGAAAUAGAGCAUGUUGAUAAGAAAUCGACUGUUCGUGAAUACGAUCAAACAUCUCGUUUGAUAUCAUCACCAAAAGAUGAAACAAUUUCUGAUGAAGCAGAAGAUACAGGUGCUAAAAUACAAACUAAAACAAUACCAGUAUCGGCAAAAGAAACGACUUCUACUGCCGAAACUAUUGAAGAAAAGUUAAAGACUGAGAUCGGUCCAAAUGAAGAAAUAUCUGCCACUUCUUCUGAAAAGGAAUCGGUUACUAGUAUAGAAGACCGGUCACCUGUUGAUCAAAUAUUUGAGAAGGAUUCAGUUUUGGUCACAAAAGAAGAAGUUCCGCAGAAGCUGUCUUCCAAAGAGGAACCUACUUCAGGAAAAUCCGUAGAUACAGGUGUGGAAAAACUGACUGAAUUAAUAACUAGUCCCGAAAAAGAAACAACAUCUAAAACUGAACAAAAGAUGAAGACCGAGGCCAGUCCACAGGAAGAAAUAGAACCUGCUAAAUCUGUUGAUAAGGAACCGACUGUUCUUAAAGAAGAUCAGAAGUCAACUUUGGUGUCGUCACCAAAAGAUGAACUAAUAACUGAAAAGGCGGAAGAUAUGGGUGCAAAAAUACAAACCGAAACAAUACCAGUAUCCGGAAAACAAACAACUUCUAUUAUUGAAGAAAAGUCAAAGACUGAGAUUGUUCCACAUGAAGAAAUAUCUGCCACUUCUUCUGAAAAGAAAUCGGUCACUAGUAAAGAAGACCGAUCACCUAUUGAAAUAUUUGGGAAGGAUUCAGUUCUGGUAACAAAAGAAGAAGCUCCACAGAAGUUGUCUCCCAUAGAAGAACCUAGCUCAGAAAAAUCCAUAGAUACAGGUGUGGAAAAACUGACUGAAUUAAGAACUAGUCCCGAAAAAGAAAUAAUCCCUAAAACUGAACAAAAGGUGAAGACAGACGAUAGUCUACAAGACGAAAUAGAGCAUUCUAAAUCUGUUGAUAAGGAAUCGACUGUUCUUAAAGAAGAUCAGAAGUCAACUUUGGUGUCGUCACCAAAAGAUGAACUAAUAACUGAAAAGGCGGAAGAUAUGGGUGCAAAAAUACAAACCGAAACAAUACCAGUAUCCGGAAAACAAACAACUUCUACUAUUGAAGAAAAGUCAAAGACUGAGAUUGUUCCACAUGAAGAAAUAUCUGCCACUUCUUCUGAAAAGAAAUCGGUCACUAGUAAAGAAGACCGAUCACCUAUUGAAAUAUUUGGGAAGGAUUCAGUUCUGGUAACAAAAGAAGAAGCUCCACAGAAGUUGUCUCCCAUAGAAGAACCUAGCUCAGAAAAAUCCAUAGAUAUAAGUGUGGAAAAACUGACUGAAUUAAGAACUAGUCGCGAAAACGAAAUAAUCCCUAAAACUGAACAAAAGUUGAUGACAGAGGAUAGUCCACAGGAUGAAAUAGAGCAUGAUAAAUCUGUUGAUAAGGAAUCGACUGCUCUUAAAGAUCAGACAUCUCCUUUGUUAUCGUCACCAAAAGAUGAACUAAUUACUGAAAAGGCGGAAGAUAUGGGUGCAAAAAUACAAACGGAAACAAUACCAGUAUCCGGAAAAGAAACGACUUCUACUGUUGAAACUAUUGAAGAAAAGUCAAAGACUGAGAUCGUUCCACGUGAAGAAAUAUCUGCCACUUCUUCUGAAAAGAAAUCGGUCACUAGUAAAGAAGACCGAUCACCUAUUGAAAUAUUUGGGAAGGAUUCAGUUCUGAUAACAAAAGAAGAAGCUCCACAGAAGUUGUCUCCCAAAGAAGAACCUAGCUCAGAAAAAUCCAUAGAUACAGGUGUGGAAAAACUGACUGAAUUAAGAACUAGUCCCGAAAAAGAAAUAAUCCCUAAAACUGAACAAAAGGUGAAGACAGACGAUAGUCUACAAGACGAAAUAGAGCAUUCUAAAUCUGUUGAUAAGGAAUCGACUGUUCUGAAAGAAGAUCAGAAGUCAACUUUGGUGUCGUCACCAAAAGAUGAAACAAUUUCUGAAAAAGAAGAAUAUACAGGUGUUAAAAUACAAACUGAAACAAUUCCAGUCUCCGGAAAAGAAACAACUUCUACUAUUGAAGAAGAGUCAAAGACUGAGAUCGUUCCACACGAAGAAAUAUCUGCCACUUCUUUUGAAAAGGAAUCAAUUACCAGUAUAGAAGACCGAUCACCUGUCGAUCAAAUAUUUGAGAAGGAUUCAGUUCUGAAGACUAAAGAAGUUCCUCAGAAGUUAUCUACCCAAGAAGAACCUACAGCAGGAAAAUCCGUAGACACAGGUGUGGAAAAACUGAGUGAAUUAAGAGCUAGUCCCGAAAAGGAAACAAUCUCUAAAACUGAAGACAAGGUGAGGACAGAGGAUAGUCCACAGGACGAAAUAGAGCCUCUUGAUAAGAAAUCAACAGUUCGUGAAGAAGAUCAAACGUCUCCUUUGGUAUCAUCACCAGAAGAUGAAACAAUUACUGAAAAAGCAGAAGAUAUGGGUGUAAAAAUACAAACUGAAAAAAUACCAGUCCCCGAAAAAGAAACAACUUCUGCUAUUGACGAUAAAUCAAAGACACAUGAAGAAACAUCGGCUACACCUCUUGAAAAGGAUUCAGUUCUGGUAACAAAAGAAGAAGCUCCGCAGAAGUUGUCUCCCAAAGAAGAACCUACCUCAGGAAAAUCCGUAGAUACAGGUGUGGAAAAAUUGACUGAAUUAAGAACUACUCCCGAAAAAGAAACAAUAUACAAUACUAAACAAAAGAUGACGACCGAGGCCAGUCCACAGGACGACAUAGAACCUGCUAAAUCUGUUGAUAAGGAAUCGACUGUUCGUGAUGACGGUAAGACAUCUCCUUUGGUAUCGUCACCAAAAGAUGAAAUAAUUUCUGAAAAAAUACCUGUCCCGGAAAAAGAAAUAACUUCAGCUAUUGAAGAUAAAUCUAAGCCACAGGUCAUUCCACAUGAAGAAACAUCGGCUACACCUCUUGAAAAGGAUUCAGUCCUGGUAACAAAAGAAGAAGCUCCGCAGAAGUUCUCUACCAAAGAGGAACCUACCUCAAAAAAAUCCGUAGAUAUAAGUGUAGAAAAACUGACUGAAUUAAUAACUAGUCCCGAAAAGGAAACAGUCUCUAAAACUGUCCAAAAGGUGAAGACAGAGGAUAGUCCACAGGAUAAAAUAGAGCAUGCUAAAUCUGUUGAUGAGGAAUUAACUGUUCUGAAAGACGAUCAGACAUCUCCUUUGGUAUCGUCACCAAAAGAUGAAACAAUUUCUGAAAAAGUAAAAGAUACAGAUAUUAAAAUACAAACUGAAACAAUACCAGUAUCUGGAAAAGAAACGACUUCUGCUGUUGAAACUAUUGAAGAAAAGUCAAAGUCUGAGAUUAUUCCACAUGAAGAAAUAUCUGCCACUUCUCUUGAAAAAGAAUCGGUUACCAGUAUAGAAGACCGAUCACCUGUUGAUCAAAUAUUCGAAACGGAUUCGGUCCUAGUGACAAAAGAAGAAGUUCCGCAGAAGUUGUCUUCCAAAGAGGAACCCACCUCAGAAAAAUCCAUAGAUAUAAACGUGGAAAAACUGACUGAAUUAAGAACUAGUCUCGAAAUAGAAACAAUCCCUAAAACUGAACAAAAGAUGAAGAUAGAAGCCAGUCCACAGAACGACAUAGAACCUGCUAAACCUGUUGAUAAGGAAUCAACUGUUCUUGAAGAAGUUAAGACAUCUUUGGUAUCGUCACUAAAAGAUGAAACAAUUUCUGAAAAAGCAGAUGAUAUAGGAGUAAAAAUACAAACUGAAAAAAUACCUGUCCCGGGAAAAGAAACAACUUCUGCUAUUGAAGAUAAAUCAAAGACACAGGUCAUUCCACAUGAAGAAACAUUGGCUACAUCUCUUGAUAAGGAUUCAGUCCUGGCGACAAGAGAAGAAGCUCCGCAGAAGUUGUCUCCCGAAGAGGAACCUAUCUCAGAAAAAUCUAUAGAUAUAGGUGUGGAAAAAUUGACUGAAUUAAGAACUAGUCCCGAAAAAGAAAUAAUCCCUAAAACUGAACAAAAGGGGAAGAGAGAGGCCAGUCCACAGGACGACAUAGAACCUGCUAAAUCUGUUAAUAAGGAAUCGACUAUUGGUGAGAAACCUCAGACAGCUCCUUUGGUAUCGUCACCAAAAGAUGAAACUAUUUCUGAAAAAGCAGAAGAUAUAGGAGUAAGAAUACAAACUGAAAAAUUACCUGCCCUCGGAAAAGAAACAACUUUUGCUAUUGAAGAUAAACAAAAGACACAGGUCAUUCCACAUGAAACAUCGGCUACGCCUCUUGAAAAGGAUUCAAUCCUGGAGACAAAAGAAGAAGCUCCGCAGAAGUUGUCUCCCAAAGAGGAACUUACCUCAGGAAAAUCCGUACAUAUAAGUAUGGAAAAACUGACUGAAGUAAAAACUAGUCCCGAAAAGGAAACAAUAUUUAAAACUGACCAGAAGGUGAAGACCGAGGAUAGUCCACAGGAUGAAAUAGAGCAUGCUAAAUCUGUUGAUAAGGAAUUGACUGUUCUAAAAGAAAAUCAGACAUCUCCUUUGGUAUCGUCACCAAAAGAUGAAACAAUUUCUGAAAAAGCAAAAGAUACAGAUGUUAAAAUACAAACUGAAACAAUACCAGUAUCUGGAAAAGAAACGACUUCUACUGUUGAAACUAUUGAAGAAAAGUCAAAGUCUGAGAUUGUUUCACACGAAGAAACACCUGCCACUUAUCUUGAAAAGGAAUCGAUUACCUGUAUAGAGGACCGAUCACCUGUUGAUCAAAUAUUCGAAAAGGAUUCGGUCCUGGUGACAAAAGAAGAAUCUCCGCAGAAGUUGUCUCCCAAAGAGGAACCUACUUCAGGAAAAGCCGUUGAUACAGGUGUGGAAAAACUGACUGAAUUAAGAACUAGCCCCGAAAAGGAAACAAUCUCUAAAACUGAUCAAAAGAUGAAGACAGAGGCUAGUCCACAGGACGAAAAAGAGCAUGCUAAAUCUGUUGAUAAGGAAUCGACUGUUCUAAAAGAAGAUCAGACAUCUCCUUUGGUAUCGUCACCAAAAGAUGAAACAAUUUCUGAAAAAGCAGAAGAUACAGGUGUUAAAAUACAAACUGAAACAAUACCAGUCUCCGGAAAAGAAACAACUUCUGCUAUUGAAGAAAAGUCAAAGACUGCGAUCGUGCCACAUGAAGAAACAUCUGCAACUUCUCUUGAAAAGGAAUCGGUUACUAGUAUAGAAGACCAAUCACCUAUUGAUCAAAUAUUCGAAAAGGAUUCUGUCCUAAUGACAAAAGAAGAAGUUCCGCAGAAGUUAUCACCCAAAGAGGAACCUACCUCAGGAAAAUCCGUAGAUACCGCUGUGGAAAAACUGACUGAAUUAAGAACUAGUCCCGAAAAGGAAACAAUCUCUAAAACUGAACAAAAGAUGAAGACAGAGGCUAGUCCACAGAACGAAAUAGAGCAUGCUAAAUCUGUUGAUAAGGAAUCGACUGUUCUAAAAGAAGAUCAGACAUCUCCUUUGACAUCGUCAGCAAAGGAUGAAACAAUUUCUGAAAAAACGGAAGAUACAGGUGUUAAAAUACACACUGAAACAAUACCAGUCUCCGGAAAGGAAACAACUUCUACUAUUGAAGAAAAGACAAAGACUGAGAUCGUUCCACACGAAGAAACAUCUGCCACUUCUCUUGAAAAAGAAUCGGUUACCAGUAUAGAAGACCAAGCACUUGUUGAUCAAAUAUUCGAAACUGAUUCGGUGCUGGUGACAAAAGAAGAAUUUCCGCAGAAGUUGUCUCCCAAAGAAGAACCUACCUUAGAAAAAUCCAUAGAUAUGGGUGUGGAAAAAUUGACUGAAGUAAGAACUAGUCCUGAUAAGGAAACAAUCUCUAAAACUGAACAAAAGAUGAAGACUGAGGAUAGUUCACAGGACGAAAUAGAGCCUGCUAAAUCUGUUGAUAAGGAAUCGACUGUUCGUGAAGAGGGUCAGACAUCUCCUUUGGUAUCGUCACCAAAAGAUGAAACAGUUUCUGAAAAAGCAAAGGAUACAGGUGUAAAAACACAAACUGAAAUAAUACCGGUCCCCGGAAAAAAAACAGCUUCUGCUAUUGAAGAUAAAUCAAAGACAGAGAUCAUUCCACAUGAAGAAACAUCUGCCACUUCUCUUGAAAAGGAAUCGAUUACCAGUAUAGAUGACCGAUCACCUGUUGAUCAAUUAUUCGAAAAGGAUUCGGUCCUGGUGACAAAAGAAGAAUCUCCGCAGAAGUUGUCUCCCAAAGAGGAAGAACCUACUUCAGGAAAAUCUAUAGAUAUGGGUGUGGAAAAACUGACUGAAUUAAGAAGUAGUCCUGAAAAGCAAACAAUCUCUAAAACUGAUCAAAAGGUGAAGACAGAGGAUAGUUCACAGGACGAAAUAGAGCCUGCUAAACCUGUUGAUAAGGAAUCGACUGUUCGUGAUGAGGGUCAGACAUCUCCUUUGGUAUCGUCACCAAAAGAUGAAACAGUUUCUGAAAAAGCAAAGGAUACAGGUGUAAAAACACAAACUGAAAUAAUACCGGUCCCCGGAAAAAAAACAGCUUCUGCUAUUGAAGAUAAAUCAAAGACAGAGAUCAUUCCACAUGAAGAAACAUCUGCCACUUCUCUUGAAAAGGAAUCGAUUACCAGUAUAGAUGACCGAUCACCUGUUGAUCAAUUAUUCGAAAAGGAUUCGGUCCUGGUGACAAAAGAAGAAUCUCCGCAGAAGUUGUCUCCCAAAGAGGAAGAACCUACUUCAGGAAAAUCUAUAGAUAUGGGUGUGGAAAAACUGACUGAAUUAAGAAGUAGUCCUGAAAAGCAAACAAUCUCUAAAACUGAUCAAAAGGUGAAGACAAAGGAUAGUCCACAGGACGAAAUAGAGCAUGCUAAGUCUGUUGAUAAGGAAUCGACUGUUCGUGAAGAGGGUCAGACAUCUCCUUUGGUAUCGUCACCAAAAGAUGAAACAAUUUCUGAAAAAGCAGAAGAUACAGGUGUUAAAAUACAAAUGGAAACAAUACCAGUAUCCAGAAAAGAAACAACUUCUACUAUUGAAGAAAAGUCAAAGACUGAGAUCGUUCCACAUGAAGAAACAUCUGCCACUUCUCUUGAAAAGGAAUCGAUUACCACUAUAGAUGACCGAUCACCUGUUGAUCAAUUGUUCGAAAAGGAUUCGGUCCUGGUGACAAAAGAAGAAUCUCCGCAGAAGUUGUCUCCCAAAGAGGAACCUACUUCAGGAAAUGCCGUUGAUACGGGUGUGGAAAAACAGACUGAGUUAAUAACUAGUCCCGAAAAAGAAACAAUCUAUAAAAGUGAUCAAAAAAUAAAGACCGAGGUCAGUCCUCAGGAUAAAAUAGAUACUGUUACAUCUAUUGAUAAGGAAUCGCCUCUCCGUGAAGAAGACCACUCUACUCUUCAGAUAUUGUCACCGAAAAAGGAACCUAUUUCAAAAAAACCUGAGGACGAAACUGAGGCCAGUCUACACGAAGAAAUAUCUUGCACAUCUCUUGAUAAGAAAUCAAGUGUCUGUAAAGAAGACCGCUUAUCUCCUGAACAAGUAGUUGAGGAAGAUUCUGUCCUAGCAAAAAAAUUAGAAACUCCUAAGGUAUUGUCACCCAAAGAACCUACGUCGGAUGUUAAAGAAGUUAUAGAUACACAUGUAGAAAAACAGACUGAAUUAAGAUCUAGUCCCGAAACAGAAACAAUCCCUGUUAGUGAACAAAAAUUAAAGACAGAUGUUGGUGCAGAGGAAAAACUACAAUUUGACACAUCUCUUGAAGAGGAAUCACCUGUCUGUGAAGAAGGCCGACCAUCUCCACAUGUAUUAUCUCCCAAAAAUGAACUUAGUACCGGAAAAACUGUAAUUACAAGGGUGGCAGAAACGACUGAAUUAAGAACUGAACAAAAAUUAUCGGAUGUCAUUCCACAAGAAAAAAUAGAACCUGUAACAUCUCUUGGAAAGGUAUCAACUCUCAGUGAAGAUAAAUCAUCUCUUGAAAAGAACUCUAUACCGGCGACAAAAACAGAAUCGGUACAUGUAUUAUCUCCCAAAGCGGAAUCUAUUUUAGAAAAACCAGUAGAUACAGUUAUGGAAAAACAUACUGAUAUGAGAACUAGUCCCGAAAUAGAAGCGAGCUCUUCUACUGAACAAGAAAUAAAGAAAAAAAUCAGUCUACAGGAAGAAACGGAACCUACCACUUCAAAAGAUCUGGUGGGUUCAAAUACAACUAUAAAAGAAUCCUUAUCAAAAGAUAAAGAAUCAUAUAUCUGCGAGGAAGACAGAAUAUCUCCAGAGUUAGUAUUUGACGAUGAUUCUGUAAAAUCAGAAUCUCCGCUAGGAUUGAUUCACAAAGAGGAGACUAUUUCUAUAAAAGCUGAAGACACAGCUGCGGAAGAAAAAAUUGAAUUAAAAACUAGUCCCGUAAAAGAAACGAGCUCUACUACCGAGCACCUAAUAAAGACAGAGGUUACUCCAAAGAAAGAAAUAGAACCUACCACAUCUCUUAAAAAGGAAUCAACUAUACAUGAAGAAAGUCAAUCAUCUCCUAAGCAAGUGCUUGCUAACGAUGCACUCGAGAUAAUAGCAAUAUCUCCCCAGUUAUUGCCUUUGAAAGAAGUACCUAUCGCCAUAACUAAACAGCAGCCUGAGGUCAGUCCACAGGAAAAAACAGAACUUCUUGAUAAAGAAUUAAUUGUUCGUGAAGGCAAAUUACCUCCCGAACUAGAAAAUGAAAAGGAUACUGCCGUCACAAUAAAAAUAGAAUCCCCGCAGGGAUUACUUUUAAAAGAGGAACUUAUUUCAGAAACAGCUAAGGAUAUAGUUGUACCCCAACAGACUGAACUAAAAACUAGUCCCGAAAAAGCAAUGCUUAUUACUGAAGAACAGUCAAAGACAGAGGUUAGUCGACAGGAAGAAUCAAUACCUGCUACAUCUACUGAAAUUGAUCCCAGUUUCUGCAAGAAAGGUGAAUCAUCUACAGCGGUAAUACCUGAAAAAGAUAGUAUACCUGCUGUUAAAGCAGAAUCUCUACAUCAAGUGUCUCUCAAAGAAGAACUUACUUCGGGAAAAGUUGAAGAAAAACAGAUUAAAAUAAGAACUAGUCCCGAAAAAAUAACAAUCACUACUACUACUACUGAACAAGAGUUAAAGAAAAAGAUCAGUCCACAAGAAGAAGCAGUAGUUGUUACAUCUGUGGAAACAGAGCCAAGUGUCUGUAAGGAAGAUGAAUCAAGUCCGGCAAUUUUAAGUGAAAAAGAUAGAGAUAUCUGUGUAAUAAAAGCUGAAUCUCCUCAGAAAUUGCCUCUCAGCGAAGAACAUACGGAAAAUGUUGUAGAAACAUAUAUUGAAACAAGAAGUAGUCAAGAAAAAGAAACAAUCUCUGAUCAACAGUUAAAGGUAGCGAUCGGUCAGCAGAAAGAAACAGAUGUUGUCAUAUCUCCUGCACAAGUAAUUGAGAAGGAUAUUAUUCAAGCAAUAAAAACAGAAUCUCGACAGGAGUUACCCUUAAGAGAAGAGCCAUUUUCGGAAAAAGCCGUAAGUUCAGCUUUGGAAAAACAGAUUGACUUAAAAACUAGUCCUGAAAAAGAAACUAUAUCGACUAUUGUAAAAGAAUUAAAGACAGAGGUCUGCCCACAGAAAGAAACAAAACCUACUACUUGCCUAGAAAAGGAAUCACCUGUCAGUGAAAGAGAUCAGUCAUCUCCUGAACAUUUACUUGAGAAGGUUUCUAUCCUGGGGACAAAAGCAGAGUCUUCUCAGAUAUUGUCACCCAAAGAGGAACCUAUUUUGGGGAAAGCUGAAGAUAGAGCUUUGAAACAGAAGAUUGACAUAGUAACUGGUCCCGCAAAAGAAAUAGUAUCUACUACUGACGAAAAGUUAAAGACAGAAAGCAGUCCAUACCAAGAAAUGUCUGCCACAUCUCCAAGUUUCCGAAAAGAAGACCGACUAUCCCCCGAACUAAUACAAGAGAUGGAAACCAUUUUGGAGACGAAAGUAAAACCAUUGCAGGGAUUAUCUCCCAAAGAGAAAGCUACUUCAGGAAAAGCGUUAGAUAUAGAUGUCAGCUCACAGGAAAAAAUAGAACUUGCCAAAACUCUUGAAAAGGAAUCAACUGUUCGUGAGAAAGAUCAGUCAUCUCCAGAACUAAUAUUAGAGAAGGAUACUAUCCUACCGACAAAAGAGGAAUUUCCGCAAAUAUUGUCUCCCAAAGAGGAAUAUAUUUCGGAACAAGCAGAAGAUAUAAUUAAUAAACAAAAGAUUGAAACAAAAACUAGUCCCGAAAAAGAAACAAUAUCUACUGACGCUAAAUUAAAAGCAAAGAUUAAUUUAGACGAACUAACUGCCAUAUCACCUGAAACACAAAUAGGUUUCCCUAAAGAAGAGUUAUCAUCUCCAGAGCUAGAAUUAGAAAAGGAUACUAUCCUGGUAACAAAAGCAGAAUCUCAGCAGAUAUUAUCUCCAAAAAUGGAACCUAUUUCGGAAAUAGUUGUAGAUAGAGCUGUGGAAAAACAUAUGGAAUUAAAAAGUAGUUCUGAAAAAGAAACUAUCUCAACUAGUGUAAAAGAAUUGAAGCCAGAGUUCUGUCCUCAGAAAGAAACAAAACCUACUACUUAUCUAGAGAAGGAAUCACUUCUCAAUGAAAGAGACUAUUCAUCUCCCGAGCAAUUAUUUCAUAAAGUUUCUAUCUUGGCGACAAAAGCAGAAUCUCCUCAGAUAUUACCACCCAAUGAGGAAUCUAUUUUGGUACAAGCAGAAGAUAGGGCUUUGAAACUGGAGACUAAGAUAAUAACUAGUCCCGGAAAAGAAACAAUCUCUACUACUGAAGAAAAGUCGAAGACAGAAAGCCACGAUGAAAUAUCAGACCGACUUUCUCUCGAACUCGUACCAGAGAAGGUAACUAUCCUGGAGACAGAAGUAAAAUCUCCGCAGGCAUUAUCUCCCAAAGAAAAAGCUACUUCAGAAAAAGCUCCAGCUGUAGAAAAGUUAUCUCCCGGGAAGAAACCUGGUAUUGAUUAUGACGAUGAUACCGAUAGUUGUGAAAAGGAGCAGAGACCAACAAUAGAAGAACAAUUGAGUAAAAAGGUUAGUGCACAUAAAGAUAUAGAACCAGAGCCGAUUUUUACCAAGGAAUGCGAAAAGAAAACUACUUCAGCUACUGAAGAACAGAAGGAAGCAAUAGAACAAAGCAUAUUUGUAUCCUCAUCGACUAAACAUUACUUUGAACAAGGCGAAGAAAAUUCAACUACGAAGCCAGAUUCAAUAUUACUCUCUGAAUACGAUAUACUUAGAGAAUUAGAAGGCCUUUCUGUAUACGGAGAACCUGAAGAAACUAUUACAACACAAACUGAAGAAAUCAAACAGCAAACCAUUAUUAUUAUCAGGACAACUGUAACGAAGACUAUUAAUACCAAAUACGCAAAUAUACACGGUAUCGUAACGAAAAUGAAAAUAGAUACUAUAAUAACUAUUACUGAUAUGUAUCCAGAUGGAUUUAUAACCACUAAAGAAAAUAAAACUGUCACUGUUGUUGAUAUAACGCCGGAAAGUGGAUCCGUUUCUAUAGAAAAUAAUGUACCUGAUUUAUCCAGUUGUUUUGAGAAUGGUUUAUCACUAGAUACAAGACAAACAGAUAAAAAAAUUAAGUUACCAGAUGUAUUAAAUGAGAUAAAAGAAUCCCAACAGGACAUAGAACCAAUCAAAGAAACAAAGGAUGUGUUGGAAACAACAUUGGAUUUCAGUGUUGCUAAAAGUAAACGCGAAAUGGAUACACAUAGAAUAAAAGAAAGACAAUCAUUUGAUGAUGAUCAUAGUUGUAAAGAAUCACAUAUAGACUCUGAACAAAAGAUUUCUUCUAUAGUAACUGUGGAUAGCGGUGUGAGUGCCAGAGAUAAUUUUAUGCCAACUUUGGUACAUGGUAGUAGUUCAGAAGAUAUUUCAAGAGAGGUAAGUUUAGAGGAAAAAUAUAGUUAUGAGAGUACUGAAAAGGGAGACAAAAAAACUAUUGGCAAAGACUUGAAAGAAGAAAGCUCUAUUACUAAUAUACCAACCAAAUCAGAAGAAGUUCAAUUGUCUGAAACAGAUGAUUCAGGUAUUCAUAGUAUUAAUUUGGAUACAGAUCAAAUGGUUCCUAUUUCAGAUCAAAGCUCAUCUAAUCAAAAAUCUAAUGAUAGUGCACUCAAGCUGCUAGAAUCUAUCCAUAAAGCAUUUAACGAAGAACAAGUUCAGCAAGGUAUUAUAACAGAAAGCCUAGAAUCACUAGAACCACAUUCAGAAUUCGAUAGAGUUUCUACACCUCCAACAGUUCCUGUGAGUCCAUUACCAAAAACUCCAGGUGGGUUUCAAGACGUGAAAGUUACCGAAGGAGUACAAAGUGAAAUAACAUAUGAUAAACCUGAUGGCUGUGAAGAAACUAUUACCAAAGUUGUACAUGUAGGAGAGGAUGUGCUGACUCAAAAAAUUUCAACAUCUACAGAAAAAGUAACCAAACCUAAAUCAAUGAUUGAUAUUGAUGGUGACCCAGAUUUAAUAGGCCUUAUGCAAACAAUGGGGAAAAUCAAAACUGAAACAGAUACAAUAACAAAAAUUAUUAAAGAAGGCGAAAAUGUAGUUACCCAAACUAUAACAACAGUUACAACUAAAGAAGUGUUAUCAAGAGAAGAUGGUACACCUCAAAAUAUUAAGACAACUAUUGAAACUACAACUUUAAGCAAGGGAUCAGAUGGUACUACUACCACCACUAAAGAUACUCAAACUUUAUUAUCUGAAUGUUCCUCCAGUCUACGAUCGACAUCCCAAAUGGAUAUAAAUGUUAAAGAUACUAAAUUGGAUAAAGAUGUAUUGGAAACAAGUGAGACUAAAUCAGACAUUCAGAUUGACAAAAUGAUGAACGAUCAAGAGUCUUCCAUUGACAAAAAUAUAUUUGCGGGAGAAAUGGAUGAGUCAGAUGUAGAAGAUACUGUAAUAGAUACAGAUGUUAGUAAGAGAAUAAUUAAGGAAAAUAAUGUUGAUAUUAUAGAGACUGUUACCACGAUUACCAAAAAGGAAACACUGAAUAUAAGUGACAGUAAAAAAAUUAUUAGAACCACUAUUGAAACAAAUGUAGAUAAGGAAUAUCCAGAUGGUUCUAAAGAUGUACAAAAGAAUGUUGAAGUUAAAACCGAAGAAAUUAUUGUUGAUUGCAGUAGUAAUGUUGAAAAGAUAUUAGAUAAUUUUAUUAUAUAUGGUGAACCAGAAGAAAGCGUUACAACUGAAACAGAAAAUAUAUUACAAGAAAAUAUUAUAAUUAAACGAACAGUCUUAACUAAAGUUAUUAAAACUAAGUACGCUGACACAAAUAAUAGGCCUAGAAAAAUGAAAAUAAUUACAACUAUAACUACUACCGAUGAUUAUCCAGAUGGAUCGUCUACAACUAAAGUUGACAGUAGUACUACAUUAACAGAUAUAGACUUUGAUGAUGUUUCAGAAUCACCGGAUCUCGUUGAUUUCACAGAAGUCAUAGAUAAAUCAAUAAAAGUAGAUAAAUAUGAGAAAAAUAUUUUUAUUGACGGGAAAAGUGUACUGCAAGUUAUAACAAUAACGACAUUGAAAGAGAUAUUAACCACUAAAGAUCAAGAGAAGCAAAAAGUUAAAACUACUAUAGAAACAGUUACAGAAACAUUUAGAACUGAUGGAUUAACCGAAGUAACAAGAGACGUCAAAGUCACUGUUUCCGAUUAUGAAGUAGAUGCAACUGAACAAAGUUUAGAAAAUUAUGUAGAAAUAGGUCAACCAGAACAGACCACUAGUACAAAGACAGAAGAACUAGUAGAAAAUGAUAUUCAAAUAAAAAGGAAAAUUACAACCACAACAUUAAGAAAUGAAUUUCAAAAUAGUCAAGAACAAAUUAAAAGAAUUAAAACAACUGUUAAAACAAUUGUUGAAGAUGAAUAUCCAGAUGGGUCCAUUAUUGUAAAAACAAGUGAAAAAAUAACAUUUUGUGAUGAGUCACUUACAUCAAAAUCUACCGAUAUAAGUACAGUACUAAGUGAUAUAGAUAUCAAUGUCGACAAAGAAAAUGUUGAACAAUCUAGUAUUGAAUCUUCUGAAGAAAUGACAGAUAACACGAAAAUCGAAGUUAUACUUAGAGAAUUAAUUCCAGAAGAUAAACCAGAGGAAAGUGAAUCUACUGUAAUAGAGGAAAUUAAACAAGACGAUGCCACUAUUUUGAGAACAAUUAUAACUAGAAUAGUCAAGACGAAAUAUUCAGACAGUCAUGGUAUUCUAAGAAAACUAAAAAUAGUUACUACUGUUACUACUACUGAUCGAUAUCCAGAUGGAUCAUCUCGUACAAUGGUAGAUACUAGUACAUCAGUAAGUGAUAUCGAGACAUCUGACUUUGUUCAAACACAAGAUUUAAAAGAAUAUCCUAAUUUAGAAGAUAAGACUGUAAAUGUCGAUACUCAAGAAAAUAUUGUAUUUAAAUAUGGUAAGCAAGUUAAACAGAUUGUUACUACUACAACUACUAAAGAAAUUUUCUCAUCCAUUGAUUGUUCUAAGAAAAAACUCAAGACAACUACUGAAACUGUAACUGAAACGAUGCUUCCCGAUGGAGUAACUGAAGUUACAAAAGAUGUAAAAGUUUCAGUAGCUGACUAUGGGCUAGAAACAUUUGAUGAAAAUUUAGAAGGAUAUAGUCAAAUUGGCUUACCAGAUGUGCAAACAACUUCUGAAUUAGAGAAAAUCACAGAUAGUGGAAUAUUAAUUACAAGGAAAACUACCAUUACUACUAUAAAACAGCAAUUUGAGAACACUUUGAUAAAAAGUAAGAAACUAAAAACUACUGUAAAAACAAUGAUCGAAGAUGAGCAUCCAGAUGGAACCGUUGUUACUAAAAAGAGUGAAAAGGUAUCAAUUGCAGAUGUUUUUCUAAACCUGCCCAUAAAGGAUGAAGAUGUUCCUUCAGAAUCAUAUAUUGAUGAUUCAGAAAUUGUUGAAGAUACAACAGAAGAAUCUGAUAUUAAAAAUGAGACAAUUCAGCAAGGAUCAACCACAAUAAAAAGAACAAUUACAACAAAAACUAAAAAGGAGACAUUAGCAAGCACAGAUAAAAAUAUAAGGAGAGUAAGAACAACUGUCGAAACCAUCACGGUAGAUGAAUAUCCUGAUGGCUCAACUGAAACUACUAAAGAUGUAAAAAUUACGAUAUCGGAGUUCCAAAAAACUUCUGAUAGUGAUCUACAAGCUGCUUUGCAAGGAUUACUGGCUACAGGUAAAAUUAAAACAUCUGUAGAUAAAAAAACUAAUAUAAUGGAAUUUGAUGGAGAAAAAAUAACACAGACUAUUACUACAUAUGUUACUAAAGAAGAACUGAAAAAUAAUGAAACAAAUGAAAUAGCUGUAAAAACAGUCACUGAAACCGUAACAGAAAAUGCAAAAUGUGAUGGUUCAAUUGAAACUACAAAAGAUGUACGUACGCAAAUAACUUAUUUGCCUAUUGGUACUGGAUUAGAUGACUGGACGCCAGAAGAAUUAGAAAAAAUAGAAAAACAACUCACAAAAGAUGAAAAUCUUACUCCUGAGACAUUACCAUUACAACAAAAAGGUGUUAAAUCUGAAACAAAAGCUAAAAAGCAACGAUCCCCUGUUGGUGAGAUAACUACUGAAACUGAAACCUUUACAAAAGCUAUCAAAGAAGGAGAUAAUACAAUAAUACAGACCAUAACUGUAAAUACUACUAAAGAAGUGAUUAGCCCCGAAAAAAUAAAAAUAACAGUAGAGACUAUUACGGUAAGUAAAGGCAAUGAUGGUGUUACAAAAACAACAAAAUCAACAAAGACAACUAUAUCAGAAUUUAAGGAAGAGUAUGAAGAAAGUAUAGAUACAGGUGAAAGUGAAAAGUCGUGCUCAAAACAUUCGGCCGCUAGUGAUGAUUUAGACCAUCCCGGAAUAAUGUCUCCUCCGUCAGAUAUUAGUUCAAGAGGAUCGAGGGCUACGCACGUCUGGGGUACCGAAAGUAGUGGCUUAUAUUAUAGUGACGAUGAUGGUCAGGGAAGUCCAAGUAGUACAAAAUCACAGAUUGCACAUUCUCCAAGAUCAAAUCUUAGCUUUGAAUUAGAUUCAAAAUUACUACCUCAAAGAGAAAUAAGCCAAGAGCUUCUAUUUGAUAAACAAGACUUUGAUUUAGAUGAAGCUAAUAAGGAUUUAAAAUCUUCGGUAUAUGGACAAACGGUAGAAGAUGAUUCAUGUACAUCUUCAACUUAUUCUGAGGUUAAGACUGAAAUACAUGAAGUUGAUAAACCACUGUCAAAAAUUUCAGACGACUUUUUAUUACAUGAAAAACUACAUUCUGAAAUUUCUAAACAUAGUCAAUCUUCUGAUGCCACUUUCUUAAAAGAAGCAGAUGAGCACUUUGAAAAGGCUAUCGAAGAGCAUAAGAAAGUAAGUGGUUUUGACGUAAUAUCAAAUAUAACUGCUAAAUAUGAACUUGAUCAACAAAGCCAUUCCAGCCAUCAUAUGUCUACUACAGAUGAAACAGCUAUUACACUUAAAGAUCUUAAAACGGAUUCAUUUAAGAAAAUAACUGAGUCAAGUUCCACGAGUACCAGUAAGGAAUCCAAAACAAAAAGAACAGAGAGGACCGAAAUUAAGACUACAUCAAAAGAUCCUAUUGAAUCUUGGGGUAAACCGCUUGGAUUACCUAGUCCAAUUCUACCACCGACUCAGUCAGAUGGAAAGAGUACUCCCAAGAAACAAAUAACAAAUUCAGCCGUACUAAAUAAAAAUAAAAUCAAUCAAGAGAAAAGUAAAGAAGUUAAAAAUCGAGCGUCAGAGUCCCCUAGCAAAAAGAAAACUCCUACACCAGUAUACAUGGAGCUCACAUAUGUGCCACACCAUGGCAAUUCUUAUUAUUCAGCUUUGGAAUUUUUUAAGCGUGUAAGAGCUCGCUACUAUGUAUUUUCUGGUACAGAGCCUUCUAAAGAAAUCUAUAACGCCCUUCUAGAUGCCAAGAAAACCUGGGAAGACAAAGACUUAGAAGUCACAAUAAUUCCCACCUACGACACGGACGUUCUCGGCUACUGGGUAACAGAAAAUGAAGAGGCCCUUGAAAAAUAUAAGAUAGAUCUCUCGCCGUCAGCUUCUCGCUGUACGAUCAACUUACAAGACCACGAGACAUCAUGUGCUGCCUACAGACUCGAAUUCUAGGUGUCGGGUCUAUUUGUAGCUUUCUCAUCGAAGAAGUAAGCCACUCGUUAGCAUUAGAUGCUUCUGAAUAGGGAAUGGAUGAGUCAUUUAUUGUUGUAGGAAAAAAAAUAGGCUGUGAUACAGAAGGAGACUUUCAUAAGCAUCUGUGUUACAUAGUCAGUUGCUGCUACUUCGCAUGAGAUAGUUUGCAAAUAGAUACACUUAGCGUCAUUGUGAUAUUUGAAUGAAAUUAACAGACUGUUGACGAGUUUGAUAAAAUCGUAGUUUAUAAUGAAUCAAAAGAUAUACGAAACGAAGAAAGUGCUGGUGUAGUUGCGUCUACACCGUGUGAUGGUAUAAUGUUAUGUCCUGCGGCCUAUAGCCGAUCCCGAACUGACAAAGUCCUUGCCGCAUCCAGUUCAGAAGUCAAUAACCAAAUUCUCGACCUAAGAACAGAAACGUCCAUUUUUUUCUAAACAUGUUUUCUAAAAGCUUUCAUUAUAAUAGUACAUGCCAUUUAAAAUAUAUUUCGGAUGAUAUUUUGGUCUUAUACAAACAGUAGUGCUUUUAUAUACGAUUUUUAGCGUAACCAGUCCAUUUUAUUUAGCCAAAACAUUGCUAUAUUCACACAUCAAAAUUUUUGAAAAUUAUUUUGCUAUCUUAUUGUAAAGUUUAGAAAUUAUUAUAUAAAACGUUAGCGGACAUGACCACAACUUAUUUUUAGCGUAGUGAUGCUUUGUAAAAGGACGUGAUACGAUACAAUGCGACUUAUUUAUCAAUCAGAUGUAGAAAUCUGAAUAACUUUUUUAUGAACAGAAUUUGAAUAAAUAAAUUAUAUUUAACGAGUUGUCUUGAAAAGACGAUUUAAAAGAUAUAGAGUCAUUCUAUAAAGCUAGUGCCGCUUGCGCUAGUUCUAAUAAUGUUAAAAGUGACGUAAUAUGUAACUAUUGUUAUCUACAACAUUCUAGAACGACAAAGAUGACUUCUCGUCUCACCCUUGCAGAUGAGUGAUGCAUAAAUAUAUAAAUCCAUUUAGACGUAAGAUUGAUAACGGUUCUACGUAAAUUAUUUUCUAAGACAAGGCUUAUUUUCGUGCAUUUCAAAUGAGGUAGAGAAGUUCCAGUUCAAUCGAUAGCUGUACCUGGCUGCACUGCGAGAAAUAACCGUAUAAGUAAGAAUUAUUUUUAGGUAAGAUUUUGGAUAUUGUCGUAACGCACCCGAAAAUAAUUAGAAAAUCCUGCACUUCUAAAUAUUUUCGAAUGUGUUUCGAAUAAGUUCCUGAGAUGUGAUAGAAGGUUACAGUCCAUCGAGGUACAACAUUCGAUUGUUCUGCAAAAGAACGAAGUGAUCUCUGUUCUUCUAGAUUAACAGUGAGCCUAAAACGAUAGAGAGCUUAUCCCAUAUAAAAUAAAUGUUUUAGUAAAACUAUUAUUACAAAAUGAACACUAUUUACCUUUGUUUAAGUUGAAUUCGCUUGUUGCGUAAAGUUAACUAUGACAUAGUUAUAUUAAAUACACGUUAUACAUUUUCCUCAUUUGAAACGAACUGUGGUGAAUCGUAAGUGACUAUUGAUUCUGAUUUGUUUUUGGCAUUAUUGUAUUUUUCCUUUGUUGUAAUGUAAUAUUUUUAAAUCUAGUCGAAACGACCCAAAAACGAUGACAGUAGUCUUGCAAAUAUUCGUUCCUAUUCGAAUUGAGUUACAUCUGUAGUAUUUAUUCAAUUGCGUAUACUUGAAACCUCAUGUAAUAUAGGUAUACAUAGUUAAAAAACUCCAUUAGAUGUUUAUUUGUUUUACAAUUAAUUAUUUUCGAAUGAUAUGUGAGAAUGUGAUAAUGAAAAAUCAUUUUUAUUUACCAUUUAGAGAGUAAGCUGUUACACUUCCGGCUUUUCUGAACUAACCUUUAUUUUACAUUUACACGCCAAACUUUCAGAGCAGGAUUUUGAGUCAAUUAAUUUUAAGUCAUACCUAGUGUUAAGCCGGUCUAAGGACAUUCGUCUUUAUAUAGCUUACUUUGCCUACAUUAUAUUAAAAAUAGUGAAAUAUUCUUAUAUCUGAUUGCACCUGCACAACAUAUUAACGAAAAUAAAUUUAAAAAGUGGUUUAAAAUAUAUACGUCUAAUGUAAUUAAUUCUGUAUAUUUAUUUUUAUGCAAUAGACACACUAUACGAAUGAGAUUUUGUUUUAUAGUUAUCAUGAUUAUUAUUGAUAUCGUAUAUAUUUAAAUGUUUGUCGUUUGAUGUGAGCACAAUAUGUUUUCUUUGAAUUGAAUGAUGCUUAGGAUGUUGUAGAUGGGACUAAACAGGGAGUGGAUCUUGUAACCUAAAAUGGGGUUGAAACCGAUAUGCUGUUACUACUAUUCUCUGCUUUCCAUCUCAUCUGCAGUUGCAUUCAAUUUCUACUGAUUUUAUUGUCCCAUAUAAUUUCAAGUGUUAUAUAAUUUUCUAUUUAUUAUAAAUUUUUAAUAAUUUAAACGUAUUAUCAGAUUCAUUAUAGUAGACGUGUAACAGUGUGUCGGAGACAACCUGUAGGCGCUUAAUCGAGUGUAAUGAUAAUUUUUUAAUUAGGCUUUCAAUUAAUUUAGCCGGCAUCCACGAUUUAGCUGGUUCGGAAGCCUGGCCCAAAGUUUACUAUUGUAUUUUAUAGCUAGAACUCUAAUUGAAGCAUAUUAUUAGGAAUAUUAAAAUGUUAUUAAAUUAAGAAUUGUAUCAGCUUAGUGAACAUCAAUAGCUCUGACAAUAGACUAUGAAAUAAAUCAUUAUGGAAAUUAUUAAAUGUUGUAUCGAUCCUGCGGGUGUGGUUUCAAACGAACGCGAUAUUUACGAAUCAAUGAACAUACAUGGUAUUGAUUGAAGCCUUUGUUCGCGACGAUCGUUAGAUGAUGUCCAAGAAUGGAUAAUUAAGAUUAUAUUUUAUUAAUGAGAUUUAUUAUUUUAAAUACGUGUAUAAUAAAAAUAAUACACGAGUAACAUUUGUUAUUUGAUUGUUUAUAGAAAUUAUUUGUUCUAAUUUUAAUUUAAUCGCAAAUACAGAAAUAUAAUAUGAAUAAUUUCAUUUCAAUACUGUGAAUAAAGAAAGGAGAUUACAAAUUUCAAAUUAUUCAAUUUAUUUACUUCAGAAACGUAACAGAUUUUAUAUUUGUAUUGGUUGUUAAUUCCCGAUUGUAUUAUGUUGGGAGGGGUUAAGAACUGGAGGGUGACGAAUUGAUAUCUUGAGAUAAAGAGGAUUUAGAUAGGUAAUGUAAGCUUUUGUGGUGCUAACAACAUGCUAAUGAAAUUGUUAAUGAGAAUAUGAAAUAUCUACGAGUGAAUCGUGACUUAAUUUGUCAAUUGAUACUAUCGAUAUAUCAUUAAAUGAAUUGAUGAAUUAUGUAAUGAUUAACUUGUGAAAGACACGCGUUAUGGUUUGGAUAGUGAAAUGGCUUUUGAUGGAAAAUUUAUAAUCAAUGAUGUUUAAGUGGAAAUGUUUAAUUUUUUUGCUUUGAUGUACGGGUACACGUGUUUGCGGCAAAUAACUUUCGGCUUAACGACUUAAUGAUACAUUUAAAUUGGUGAAAAUCUACAAACGUGCCGUGAAAACUGUAUCCAAGCAAAUCUAUGUGAGAAUAUUUAAUAAUUUAAAUAAUGAUUGAUCCUUCAAUGGAUGUUAGGUAUUUAUAAUUAUUAUAGUAUUAUGUAAAUUAAAACGUAAAAAAAAAUAUCCAUUUAAUGUAUUUGGUCACGUCGCUAUUCUCCAUUCAGCGUGUUUGAUGGAAGUGUAUGGGUCA